AUGAACACUACAGGUACCCCUGCAACUGCUACUACAACUACAACUACAACUACAACUACAACUGCUACUACAACUACAACUACAACUACAACUACAACUGCUACUACAACUGCUACUACAACUACAACUACAACUGCUACUACAACUACAAGUACAAGUACAAGUACAACUGCAACUAUAACCACUGCUGUGCAGCUAGGUAUAUGUAGUUACUUUGUUUGUAAUAUUCCACUGCAACUAGCUAAAGGUUAUAUUAAUAGAGUCAACCAUCUUAUAUUAUAA